AUGGAGCAGGAAGGAGGGUGGAACGAUCCGUUUCCACCGCAUGAUAUGUUUUACGCGGGGUCAAACUUCAAGGAGGACGAUCUCGACAUGAACGACAUGAAUGAUAUUAGCGAGAUCGCGGAUAUGUAUCAAUUGAACGAGGAAAAGCUGAUGAACAUGAUGGCAGAGGACUUUCUGUCCAGCUACAGCUGGGAGGACACCGUAAACGAUUCCUCGGCAUCUGCAGCAUCAUCCUCUAAAGUGGCCGGUCCAGCCCCAGCGAGCAGUGUGCUCGUAAAGGAAGAGUGUCUAGUUGUGGAGACUCCGAGUGCUGCAGUACCAGUCGAGGCGACGACGAUAUACCCUAGCGAAUCGCUGGUUGUGGUACCCAAACCAGGCACACCUCUGCAGUCGUCACAGGAAGAAAAACACGUCGUCAUAUGUCCUGCACCACCGCCACAACCCUUACAGCAGAACCUCACCACAGUCAUUCCAUCGUCCGUGAUGAUUACAGCCCCAGUUCAGGCUCAACUCACGACAGCGGCCACAACGGUGACGGCACGACCCGUCGUUUUGGCCCCGAAUCGUCCUAACAUAGCCCCAGCUACGGUAUCCUCGAACACGCCAACACUCGUGGUGCAGAAUGGGCGCGGUGCUGUUCGACAGGCGUAUGCCAAGAAAAUUGCCCCAGCAACAACACCGCAGCAACCGGCCAACAUUCUGCCCAACAUUGCGAACGUGCGCGUCCAGAACCUGGUGGCAAAUGGGCAGCAUUUGAUGCAGCAACUGGUCGCACUGCAAACGGUGGACAAACAGUCGGUGUUCCUGCCAGCGAACACGCCCGUUAUCUACACAAACGCGAACAUGCACUCGAUUGCGAAUCCACCGUCGGUUACGAGCGGUACGGUGACGGUAAAGGCGAAUCCGAACAUCCACACGCUGGUGAACACGCUAAACGGGCCGAUCCUGACGGCUGGCAUUCCGGUGGUGUUGGAUACGCCAGCUUCGGUAACACCGGUAGCACCGGCUGCAGGAUCCGACCCGGCUAAGGUGCAACUGAGCCGACUACAACCGGCUGGCAUGCCGAAGGUUAAGGAAGUGAAGCGAUCCGCACACAAUGCCAUCGAGCGGCGCUACCGGACGUCCAUCAACAGCUGCAUAAUCGAGCUGAAGAACAUCGUCGUGGGUGUUGACGCGAAGCUGAACAAAUCGGCCAUCCUGCGCAAAGCGAUCGAUCACAUCCGGCACCUGCAGAAGCAGAACAAUCUGCUCAAGCAGGAGAAUAUGGCGUUCAAGAUGCGCGCCACCGACCAGAAGCACUCGCUCAAGGACCUGCUGGUUGGUCAGAACCUAACGGAUGGUUUAAUGGCCGGUCCAAUCACACCGCCACGCAGCGACGAAUCGAACCCAUCCUCAUCGCCGGCACGUUCGGAAAGUUCUAUGCCAGGUUCACCGUUUGCCGGAUCCGGCACACUAUCACCGGCCGGAGACGAUCUGAUGGAUGACGAGAUGAUGUACGGACUCGGCGGGAUGUCCUCGAACACCCGGCUCACGUAUUGCAUGUUCAUGCUGACCGUGUUGGUCGUCAACCCGUUCGGUAGCCUGAUGUCCUUUGCUGGUGGUUCCGAUGAUGUGGCUGAGGAACUUGGCACGACUCGACGCAUCCUUGCGGUGGAGGAAUCCUUCUCGUGGGCGCGUAUCUCCUCCACCCUACUGUUGGGGUUGGUCAACUUCCUGCUAAUGGCAUUCUGCCUCAUCCGGAUGCUCGUGUACGGUGACCCGGUGUUGCCAGCACGCUCGCGAGCCUCUAACGAAUACUGGAAGCACAAGAAGCAGUCCGAUCUGGAAUUCCGGCGUGGCAACGCGGAUGCCUCGUACCGUGAAGCGAAGCUGUGUCUGCAGUCCUUUGGCUUAUCGUUGCCUUCGACGCGUCUGGAACGUUUCUCGACCACUGGAUGGCAAUUUGUGCGCAUGUUUUUUCACCGUUUGUACGUGGGUCGGUGGCUUUCUCGCCGGACCGGUGGUUUAUUCAAACCGGAAGGUGAACGAAUGCACGCGUUACAUUCAGCUCGCGAACUGGCACUGCUCUACCACCGACUACACCAGCUACAUCUCGUUAUGGACCGGUCAGACGCAAAUGGGCUUAUGAUGAGCUUGUGUGCGGUCAAUAUGGCGGAAACGGCCGCUGCGGUCAUGUCCGUGGAUGAUACGAUCGAGAUAUACCUGUUGGCCGCUUUGCGUGUUAAGCGCAGUUAUCCCGGGUUAUUGCAGUACUAUUGCCGAUAUUACCUGGCCAAAGCGAAGCAGUUGGCCAGUGAACACACGAGUCGCCGUUUCCGGUGGUUGUUCACCGCGUACGGCUUCCAGUUUCUCACCACCAGCCUUUUCCGGUAUGGUGAGCGAGCGGAUGAAUCCGACGGACUCUUCACCACGCUCUGCAAUAGUGCCGAUCCGCUUGAGUACGUAAUGCGCGAGUAUCGGCUGAAUCUACUGCAACAAGCCAUCCAGCUGUUGGUCGGAUCUGGCCAUGAACGUACUCCUUGGGCACCAGCUAAAUCCGCAACCGUAACAUCGUCGACUGUGGCUGCUGUUUCGGCCUCUGGAUCAUCCGGCGUUAGUGGCGCUUCCACCGGUCAGUCUGGGAAGGACUCGAAGGACGAACAUGGGGAAAAAGCACCAACGGAAUCGGGAGAUCUCGCUCCCUCAGCGGGUGGUGUUAGCAGUGAUGUUCUGCGGUUUACCGAACUGUUGCAGGGAACGUUAGGACUCGAGAGACCGGCUCCAUUCGAUGCGUGCCACGUGCAUGGAACAGGUUGUUGCUUCGACGAGUUAGCACACUGGUGGUGUCAUUUGCUGCGUGUAGCAGGAUUUUGGUUGUUGGGUGAGGACGAACUGGCCGAGGCGUUGUACGUGCACGUCGAAACGGUGCCGUCUGUGCUGCAGCAAUCGGAAGAUCCACUUGCCCGUGCACUUUUGCUCGCUUUCCACUCCAAACGGGGUCUCAUCACCCGAACGGAGUCGGAUUUUGAGUCGAUUUUUAACACGUGCAAUGCGAGCAGCCACUUCCUGGAGGAUAGCCUCACGGGUAACAUCUGCAAGACACCGAGCCGUUUGAAGCUGCUGUCUCAAUUACUCGCCUGCGACUGGCUGCUGGAAGCGCGAACCGCCCUGUGGGAGAUCGAAAAGGAUGCGAACUAUGGCCAACAUCAAGCGCAUCAAACCGUCCCGGGCAAGAUACUGGCCGCAUUCCAGGCCGACCUGAAUCUGCUCCGGUUGGUGACGAGCAAGUUUCCGAAUGCACAGUCGCGCGUGUUCUUGUACGAAGCCGUAUGCCGGCUGAUGGCCGGAGCUGCACCGGGUCCAACGCAACAGCUGCUCGAUCGAAGCUUACGUCAGCGUAACUCCCGCUCAUCACUCAUCUGCGGAAAGGAUCGAUCGGCUCAGCUCGAAGGUGGCCGUGAAAGAGCUGCCGCUUUAUAUGUCGCCUGUAAGCACCUUCCGGCGCCCUGUCUAUCGUCACCGGGUGAACGAGCUGGCAUGCUGGAAGAGGCCGCUAAAACGCUGGAAAAGAUCGGCGACAAGAAACGGUUGCAGCAGUGCUAUCAGCUGAUGAAAUCGUUGGGCAGUGGCAGUGUGACGAAUUAGAAGGGAUGCAGAUUUGCUUCUGCUACAAAUCACCCAACCCACACGUUUGCACGCGUGCGCUGGUUAUAACAAUUAGCUUUGAUAAGUUUUAGUGUGCUUCGUACUAUUAAGCUAGCUAUUUAUCAUUUUAUCUACCGUACUAUUUUUUGGGUGUUUUUGUUAUGUUUUCUUGCGGCUUUAAACCACAUAGUGUGAGGUUUCUUUCAAUAGGGUUUUAAUAGGGGCCUCGAUUUUACUUAUUCUGACGUCAUCUGGUCACCGAUUUCAUAAGCACACAAUGCACUUUCGAUGUGCAAUAUAUUAAGUUCUUAAGCUUUAUUCCACGAUGCGGUUGAUCGUUCGUCUUACGUGCUAGUCUCCACGUCACUCAUUCUCUCUCUCUCUCUGUUUCUUGCUCUCAUCCCGUGCUCACACACAUGCACCCACAAACACACAUACAAAGCACAUAUAUACGUGGAGCGGUACAUAUAAUUAUCCACACUCGUAGUGUUUGUAGCCGUUGGCUAUAACUUGUUAAGUCUAAAAUAAAGUGCCCAAAUGGACGCAAACUUCGCUGGUCGCUGGUUCCUGGCGCGCUCCGGAAGUCAUCACCGAAAGAAAUGGCCGCCAGCAUUAGCUUUUGUCGAACGUGACACAAAACGUGCAGAUAGGUGGCCGCGCAGGUGGUUCAUCCGGUUG